AUGAAAAUCGACAAAUUUUACAUUGCGCUCGCCCUUUGCCGUUUUCUCGCCUUUUCUUCCGGAGAAACCGCCAGAGAAGCGUUCACAAGACUGGAACUGAAUGAAAAAGUGAUUUGUCUGCUGCCGUAAUACCUACAGUACUUUUUAGAAGUGCAUAGGAGGAAGUGUGAUUGUACAAUCGAAUAAUUAUUCGGCGCAGGGCCAGUACAGGUACAUGUACUGCCACACGUUCGCGCCGAUGUGCGGAUUCGGAGCGAGAGAUGUAGGAAAAGUGACGGUGAUCAGUUUCGGAUGCUUUCCGGCAAAGUCUUUCAAGGAUAAAACAUUGGGUUUGCACCUUUGAGCUCUGAAUAAUCGAGCAAAUGCGACGAAUUCAGGGCUGGCAGAGGAUGAAUUCAGAAGACCGAUGGCCAACUUCAGGGAUAUGUUUGUCAGUUUUCCGUGAGGAUGAUCAAAUUAUAAUGGAUUUCCAGGAAUAUUGGAUUGAAGAAAAACCAUUUCUGGUAGACUAUUUUGAUAAACACAGACCAAAUGGUGAGCGGAAGGUUCCCCUUCUUUCCCAUUUUUGCCUUUGUUUCAGAUUCGGUGGUGGAAAGACUGGAACACGAGUCCAGAUGGGUUGAGAAUCCGAGUCAUAAUGUGUUCGAACGGAAGAAAGAGAAAGAAGUCGAGCUGGGAGCGUUCGGUCUGAAAGUGGCUGUCGGCCAACGGUCCAUCACCCCCCUCAUGCUCUUUUACAUUCUUUUCAUUUGUUUCUCCGUUCUGUUCAAACUGAUUUGGUUGGUUUAUACUGUAAUCCGCAAAAUGAGAAAUGGGUAUCUUCCCGUGACAACCAAGGUACAGUAAUUCGACUAUUAUUCCUUUCAGCUGAUAUUUUACAGGAAACUGGCGAAGACAUGGAAAAGACUAUCGAUGAAAUUGAAUAA